ACCUGUACAAAUAUUUUCACUGCUAAUUGUUUAAUUAAAGGUAAACUUAAUGUAUUCUUCUAAAUUCCUCUAAAUUUUCCUUCGUUGAAGAGGCGUAGAGAUUAAUAUUAAAGAUGGAGAACACUAAACACGUGAAACUGAACUCCGGCUGGAAAGACUUGGAUUUACCACCGGAUUUACUGUCAGAUGCUGCAUUUGAGUCAUUAAUCAGCUGUAAAGUGAUGACAGAUUAUGAAAUUGUUGAUCCAAAUAGGACAAAAAAGAGAAGGUUAAAAGAAAACAAGUCUCCCAAAGCAAGUGAUACCAAGAAGCAAAUGAAGUUAGAGAUGAGGAAGAAAGUUAAAAAGGAGAAAUCAUCAAGUAAUAAGAUAGUGUCUCUGAAUACCAUUAAUAAAGUUGAUGUAUCCUCAGACCUGUUAAAGUCAGACAUCAAAGAAGUUACCGUGAGAAAGAAACAGAAAACAAGAUCAAACUGUAAGUCAGGGUCAUGGACAGUGUCUUCACAAACAACCAAGAGUGGUGUUAAAAAUACAGAGUUAGCUACACAAAAGUUAGAGACAAACAAAUCACAAAUAAAGGGGAGGAGUGUCACAACAAAGGGGGAUAAGUCAGACAAGGCCAGAUCAAGUCAUGAUGUGGAGAACACGGCCAAAAAAAGGAAAAAGGAAAACGCAGAGAAAACUGUUCAGAAUUAUUCAAGUGAAAGAAAGAAGAGGCGGAUGAUGGGAGAAUCUGAGGGAGAUGAAACCAACUCUUUACAGAAUGACAUGUUAAAUGAGAAAAUGGCAGCAUGGAAAAAUUUGUUUGUUCCGAAAAAGGUGCUUCAAGCCCUGUGUGAAAAUGAAUUCUUUUCUCCAACUCCAAUCCAAGCUAUGGCUCUUCCCAGUGCCAUCAGAGACAAAAAGGACAUAGUGGGCGCAGCAGAAACUGGUAGUGGAAAAACUCUGGCCUUUGGAAUCCCCGUGAUUCAUAAUAUCCUCUCUCAUAAAGAGAAAGAAGAGAAGAACAGCUCUUCAACAGAUGAAGAUGAUGAUGAUGGAGGUGAAGAUGAUGACGAUGAUGGGAAGGAUAAAGAAGAGGUAGAGGAAUUACUUGAGGAUGUGUCACCUGAUGAGAUUGUACAGGAUGAUGAAGAAGUAGAACAGAUGGAGGAAUUAGGUUGUGUGAAGGUGAUCAACGAUGCUGAUUUUUCUGAACUUGGCUUUCCUAAUUCUGGACCAGCUAUGAAGAAACACAAUAAGUAUCCCUUAGCUCUUGUUCUCCAGCCAACCAGAGAGCUGGCUGUACAGGUCAAAGAUCACCUACAGGUGGCAGCAGCUCACACUGACAUCACGAUUGCUCCAAUCCUUGGUGGAAUGUCAUCUGAGAAACAGAAAAGGAUUUUGAAAAAAUGUCCGGAUAUCUUGGUAGCCACACCUGGACGAUUGUGGGAACUCAUGGAGCAGGUUCCAUAUUUGUCUCGCAUCGAUGAAGUUGACAGUUUGGUGAUAGACGAGGCAGACAGAAUGAUUGAAAAAGGUCACUUUGAAGAACUGACUCAAAUUCUGGCCUACAUAAACAGAAAUGGGAAGAAGAAGAACAGGAGACAGACAUUUGUGUUUUCAGCCACGCUGACCUUAGUACAUGUAGGACCUCAACGUAGUGUCCGCAAGAAAAUGACCGUCACAGAGGAGAAGAAGCUAGAGACUCUCAUGAAUCGGAUCCAGAUGAGAGAGAAACCCAAAGUAAUUGAUUUGACAAGGAAGAUUGGGACAGUGGAAACUCUGACUGAGGCCCGGAUAAACUGCACACUGGAGGAAAAGGACCUCUAUUUGUACUACUUUUUGACCCAGUAUCCAGGACGUACACUGGUUUUUGCUAACAGUAAGGACUGCAUCCGUCGUCUCAUCUCCAUCUUCACUCUCCUCCAGACAAACCCUCUCCCUCUCCAUGCUGACAUGCAUCAAAAACAAAGACUGAAGAACUUGGAAAGAUUCACCGCCAAUGAUAAAGCCGUAUUGUUGGCGUCAGAUGUUGCCGCUAGAGGGCUGGACAUUCCUAAUGUCGAACACGUGAUUCACUACCAGGUUCCGCAAACUGUGGAGAAUUACGUUCACAGGAGUGGUAGAACAGCACGGGCUAUGAAGGAGGGUUUGAGUGUAGUGCUUAUCUCACCAGAGGAUGUUAAGAAUUACAGAAAGAUUGUCCACACUCUCAAUAAAAGCGAGGAUCUCCCAGUAUUUCCGGUCGAACUUCAUCUUUUAUCAGCUCUGAGGAAGAGACUGAAUUUGGCGAAAAAGAUUGAUACAGAGGAGCAUAGGUUUAACAAGAAAAAGAGAGAGAACGAAUGGUUUGAAAAAGCAGCAAAGGAAAUGGACAUAUUGAUAGACGAUGAGGAGCUUCUAACUGACCUGGGGGAUUCAUUUGAGUUGUCAGGAAGGAAACAGGAUUUAAAUGGUUUAAAAAAUGAGCUGGAACAGAUGUUAAAACAAAAACUAGCGCCACACUCCUUCACCGGCAAAUACCUCACCCAGUCGGGGAAGCUGGAGCUACCAGCAAAGGAUGAGAAAAAAGAUGCUCUUAAAGUUGUCAAAAAAGACGGGAAAUUACAGCAUGAACUCGUGCAGGCCAGUCCUAGUAGCAGUCGAAAUCUCAACAGAAAAAAGAAAUCAAAAUGGAAAAAGAAAAAUUAAAGUAUUUUUAUUUAUCAUAUAAA